ACGCCAUUUUGAUUAAUCAUCUUCACUGAAGAUCAACAAAUGAUGAAAGAGAAAAGUUUUCUUCUAAUUCAAUGAUUACCAUUAAAUAGCCAAACAACAAUUAUUAUCAUUUGAAUGUUAAAUAGAUGAUGAUGAGUGUUAAUUGUUGAUAGAAAGCGAAAGUCACUUCGAACGUAAAAGUUUGACCUCUUUCUUUGGACGAAACAGUUACGAGUUUUCAGUUCGAAGCAAAAAAUAUUCAAUCAUUUUUUCCCUCUCUCUCUCUCUUAUCUUCAUCUUCAUCUUCAUCUCUCUCACUUUCUAUUAUCUUUUAUAUCUCUCAAUCAUCAUCAUCAUUUGCACGAUGAUUUGUUGAUUGUUUUCGAGUCUCUUUUAUCAUCUAAUCAAUUUCUCUCUACGAUUGAUCAAUUGAUUAAGAUCAUUUCAUGAGCUUCUAAAUUGCUGCUGGUUCCUUGUAACUGUUUCUCCAUCCUGGUUACUUGAUUUAUCUUCAUCAUCAUCUUCAAAAUGGAUACCUUGUUAUCGCCAUCAAAUUGUUUCACUUACUUAAUUAUUGUUUUUGUGACAACCUUUCAUUCAACUGUUGAUUCCUCGAUUGUUUAUCAAAAUCAACAACAAUUACAAUUAACUCAACACCAACAACGACAAUUACAACAGCAACGCCAACAACAAUCAACUGGUAAUUAUUAUUCAAAUCAAUAUGUAAACGACAAUUCCAAUCGUGGAUACACAAGUCAUCUUGUCGCUCGAAAAGGUGGACUCGUUUACGAUCAACAAACGGGAUCAGGUCGAUCAUCUAAUUAUGGAAUACAGGAAAAUCUAAAUGGUUACACUUAUGGACCACCUCAAGCUCAAAUUCCAGUUCUUAUGGUUCCAAUUGUUCCCGAUUUCAGAUUAAUUUAUCAGGCUCAGGAACCUUAUCCUGGUAAUCCAAUGGUCUCAAGAUUUAAUAACAACAAUCAACAGCAAUCAAUUGGACCAAGUUAUUCAAAUCAACAAUUAGGAUCAUCGGCUCCUCGAUACAGUUCAUAUUAUAAUGUUGAACUUGUCAAUAUGCUCUAUGGGCGACCACAAUCAACGAUAAUUAAUCAACAAGACUCACAAUUUGCUAUUAGAAGGAAAUAAUUAAUUGUAGUUAUUUAAUUUACUUCACAAAUUGGUGUUGAUUUUUGUUGCUACUUUUUUUGCAAACCAAUUUUUGGUCAACACAACAACAAUUAGUUUAAUUGUUGACCUUUUUUUUCAUUAACUCUUUAAUAUUAUUUACCAAUAUUUUGAUUGUUCAGUUAAUCAAAAAAACUAUCAUCAUGUUUCUGUUGACAGUAAUCAUUUUGAUGAACAAACAUUUCACCCAAUUGAUUUGAUGAGAAAUUAUUUCCAAAAUAAUCAGUAAAUUGCUGAGUUAAUUUGUCAUAAUCAAGUUAAUUGUCACAUAUAGAUUUCUCUAAUGAGGAAUCAAAAAAGCCAAUUUUCAAUUGUGAUCGCCGUUUAAUCUGAUUUCCUGUUGACAAUUUAACUUAGUGAUUGAUAAUCAAACAAUUAAUAAUUUCCUAUCUGAUCAAUUCAUUAGAAUACCAAAAAUUGAACCAAAUCAAUAAACUUUUAAUUGUAUUUAUUAAGACAAUUAAAGUUUGUUGUUAUAAUUACGAUAAUCCAACCAAUGUGAAGUUUAUUGAUUGUGAUAAUUUCUCAUCAAA